GGGCGGGGGCUGCCCGGGCAUCCGGGUCCCUCACCCCGCCCCCGCUGCAUGAAUGAGAGGCGCGGCGCCCGCCCCUCCCCCACCGGGCCCGCCCCUCUCCGGGGGCAGCGGUGCGCCGUCUGCUGCCGCCACCUCGGCCGCACCGGGGCUCCGCUGACUGACUCGUCGCACGCAGCCAUCCGCCCGCAGCCAGCCGCCGAGAGCUGAAGGUCUCACACUUCCACCGCCACCGUCGGCGCGCCAGAGCUGAGCAGUACUUUAUCAAGCCCAGUUAGUCUGAAUGAGACAUUUCUUAGGGACUGAAGAACACUCAUCUAAGUCUUCACUGUUGCAAGAGUCACCUUGUGAGCCCUGUCAGCAAUGUGAAGUCCAUCCAUGAGCUCGGAUUUCCCACAUUACAACUUCAGGAUGCCUAAUAUUGGAUUCCAGAAUCUGCCUCUCAACAUAUAUAUUGUGGUCUUUGGCACUGCUAUAUUUGUCUUCAUUCUUAGUUUACUCUUCUGUUGCUACUUGAUUAGGCUAAGACAUCAAGCACACAAGGAAUUUUAUGCCUACAAACAGGUUAUUUUAAAAGAGAAAGUAAAAGAACUGAAUUUACAUGAGCUCUGUGCAGUGUGUCUAGAAGACUUCAAGCCUCGAGAUGAGUUGGGAAUUUGUCCAUGUAAGCAUGCCUUCCACAGAAAGUGCCUUAUUAAAUGGCUGGAGGUUCGGAAAGUGUGUCCCCUGUGCAACAUGCCGGUUCUGCAGCUGGCGCAGCUGCACAGUAAGCAGGACCAUGGUCCCCCCCAGGGGCCCCUCCCUGGAGCAGAGAACAUUGUAUAGCUCACUGCACGGAUCAGACUGUCACUGGAUAAGACACCUGCGUAGAGCCAGGAGGAACAUAAGCAGUCUCUGUCUCAGCUGCUGUCUACCUGGGGCAGCAGCUGCCACAUCCUUUGCCUCAUGGAGAACUCUCGGGCCAGCCAGGCUCAGAACCCAGGCAUCUGGGUCUUGUGACAAUCAAAGCAGUCUGACACCACCCCAUGCCAAGAGGAGUGGAUAAGCCUGCAGUUUGGUUCGAGACUUCAUGAUGGUCUUCUGCUAACUCCAUUAUGCAGUCUACCAGACACUUGCCUCCAUGUCAAGGUGACUCUUUACUAGGCAGAAGGGAAGAUGAACCCAGGUGUUAGAGAAUUGAGCUGAGGAAAGGUCUCUGAAUCCACGCCCUCCCCUAUGAAUGGAUACACUUCUGUGCAGGCCCCACAACCCUCCUGGCACCCCUGAGCAGUAAACCCGUGGUGAUGCCAGCUGAGGCACAGCCUGCCAGUAGUUAGCGGGGCAGUACCCAUAAAGCUGUGUUCUUUUGCUAAAGCCAUGCUGGAAGCUACAGGCUUGGGACACAGAGCAGCAGUGCCUCUCGCCACAGCUCAGCCCAAGUUCACAGUACUCGCUGUCAGAUCAAGCUGCAACCACUCGAUGUGCUUGGAAAGGUCCAAUCCGAAGUCAUUUCCUCUGAUCAGUUCCCUCCUUCUCACCAGUGGGGUUCAUCAGGAGUCCACGCCAUCCCUGUGUCCACAGUGCUGCCCACAUCCCAAGUGCAGUGUUCUUAUAGCUGCUGCUUUCUGCCUGUUGGUUUGUGGGGGGCCACUGUGAGCCCCUCAGAUGGCCCCAGAGAAGUGCACCUUCCUGAGGGAGGCUGACCCACCUGGCCCUGCUGGAUGAAGAGAAUGCUGACCCCUUUGCCUCCCCCGCCUUUUCACUCUCCUCUUUGUCCUCUCUUGCUCUGUUUCUACUUAAAAAUACCUGCCCUUGACUUUAACAGUUUAUCCCAUGUAAGGCCUCUGGGUAAGUCACAAGCCUGAAGCCAGUGAUCCACUCAAAACUGUAACAGGGUUCAGCCCCUCCUCCACUGGUGAGUGGAUUGCUGGUUGCAAGCAUCUUUAUACGAGAGAAAUGCGUGCUGCUCCUUGGCUCUUUCUGACCUGCUCUUCUGGAAAUGAUUCAGCCACUAGGACCUUCGAACACUGUAAAUCAGCCACAUAAAGCAGCAGUGACAGGGAACAUUCUUUCCCACUGCCUGCUCGCCCCCUCCUUUGUCACCAGAGUGCUUCCCCAGGGCCUCGGUAACUGCUUCGCUCUGCUGCGCCCACAGGCGUGAGUGGGGAAAUUUCUCCACCAGAAACAGACUGCGACUGUGGUGGGUAGAGAGGGGGCUUGCUGCUCUGCUUGUGGCAUGUCUCCGGGAAGUUUUCUGGGGUUGGUCUCUGCUGUCUUGGAAUGAGAGCAAACCUGUUCUUGGCUUAGGUGGCUGGAGUCAGAUGAGGAGGAAAAUUCCCUUUUGCCUAGAAAAGUGCUGAGCAGAAUCGUUUGGAAAAUUACUAAUCUGGCUGGUCAGAAUUGGCUGUUUCCUAUGGGUGACCUAUUUGUGGUAUGCCAGCUGGACUGCUUCCUAAACAGGGCAAGAGAAGGAGGAACUAUUUUUACACAAACGCCUUAGCCUGUUUGGCCCCAUGUCCAACCUCCUUUUGUGUUGGUUUGUAGUAUGACUGCACUGAGUGCUGUAACCCCAGUUUACAGUGAAAUGUUUUCAGCGACCAAUGUCAGAAGUGGCUUGCUUCUGGCCUGACCUCAUUCAUGGCUAGCAUUAUCAUUUUCCAUGGCAGCCCUGGGACAGAUGUUCUUUCUAGUGAGUGCCGACAGAACCCUUGGGGGAGGAAUGCCUGUGACCUAUACAAACUACUCCACUCAGCUUCUGAAGGAUUCUAGCAUUUCAGUUACAGCCUUUUCUGUCCCUGUGCAUUCAUACUAAGGAGACAGCCUCACCAAGUCCCUGCCUUUGUGCAGCAGCAGGGUAAGUGAGCUCACUGGGUGAGCUCUAGGCAGGCUGAGGCAGUUGAUGUCAGACUGAGCCUCAGGCAGUGUGCCCAUCCCAUCUCAGGGUCUGCUGUGCCCAAACCAGGUGCCACUAACCUCCUUUUCUCCACACUUGUGGAUGCAGAGUGCUUCAAAGAAAGCAUUCUCUCUACAAGAACCGGAAAGAGCAGAGAUGAGAGUAUCCCUGCUAAGUUACAUCCCCCUCCCCCCACUGCGUGGCGGCCCACAGUGGCAGGUGGCAGGCUCGGUAUCAUUCAGCGGUCCUGGCAGCCCAUAGCCAACAACCCGUGACUGCUCCCUACACUUGCCCGUCCCUGCCCCCAAGCCAGGCCUUUCUUGUGUCUGCAACACUGGCCAUGCAUAUGCCAGGCCCUUUCAUUAAUGUCAUCUCUUUAUUCAAUCACAAUCCCAAAUUUUUUUUUUUAAUCUGAAAGAAACUCCCUCCAGCCUUUUCAGUUUACUUAGGGAACGCUUUUUGCUCUCUUGGCUCAGGCCCAAACCAUGGGGAGGCUGCUCUUUGCACAUCCACAAGCUGCUGGUGACCUUUUGUUAGACUGUGGAUAUGUGGGGGCUCCUGGCAGCUCCUGGACCACUGAGUGGUGUGCUUUGUCAUAGUGUCUCACUGUGCACCGUGGGUUAAUGGAGCAUAGCUGUCCCAGCUGGACUCCGUGGUGGCUAAAUAAUUAUGAUUGUUGUUGCUAGGGCCACAACUAAAUUCAACUAGCUAUAGAAACAGAACAAAUGCAGUCUCAUUUGAGUCUCAGUUGGGUCAGCGUCUGCUGCUUUUCUUUGAGCAGUAUGAUCUGGUUAGACUUGUCCCCAGCAGAUAUGGUCCUUGUGGUCUGCGCUUGCCUAGCCAGGGGACAUGGUAAGGCAGAAAUGGCCAGCUAGGGACAAGCUGACUCUGAGGAGGUCUGGACUGAGGAUUACAGGGAAACUCCCACCACUAGCAAGAAUGUUGUUCUUGACAAGACUUGACUAAUGAAGACCCUCUUCAUGGCCCUACUCCAAAGCGCAUCUCCAUGGCCUGCUCCUGCUCUUCUCUGAGACACUGGGAAUGAUGAAACGCGCACAGGGAGGAAUCCCAGAGCUCUAGACAGAAGCACUUGCAGAUAAGAAUCACUCCCUUGGCACUCAUUUGCCUGGUGCCUUUCUGCAGGUCAGGCCCUCAAAGCCUCAUUUCCUUGCCCACCACCCAGGGAUACAGAAAGUGACUGCAGAGCAUCUUGGAGGAUUAGCCAAGAAUGCUAACUGUGCCUGGAGUCAGGAUACUGCUGAUAUCACAGCAUCAUCAUCUAAAGCCUCCUGAGCUGCAGGGACCUGGUUCCCAUCCCUUCCUCUUCUGACCUUCCUCAGUCACUUCCAUCUGCCUCUGCCCAAAAAGCACACGAACUUGGUUGCUUAGUCCGAGUCUCCUUUCAUCUUUUGACUAGGUAUUUACCUCAGAAUACACAAAUGAUGUAAUUGUCUUCCUUGCAUUUCUCCACCCAUGACCGCCCACUAUUAGUUUAUUCCUCAUGUAUCCUUCUACAGAUUACUGGUUCACAGGCUUACAUACAUGUGUAAUCUUCCUCCUGAUCACUAUAGGCAGGGAUUUGAGACAUUCCUAUGCAUCGAGAUAGAACCAUCCAGAAGUCAGAACUGGGGGGGGGGGGGUUUUACAGUGAUGUUCCUGUUAAAUCAGGCCCAUUUUUACUUAAUUACAAUAUAGUGGAAUUCUAGUUUCCUGUACAAAACAGAAACCGCAGUCCUUCACUUGCUCCAAAUGUCCCACUAACCCAAGAGCAUCAUGUGUCUUAUGCUUUGCACACCAGCCCUGAGCAGCCUCUGCAGGUAUCCUAGUGAGCUGCCACCUCUCCCCCUUGCCAGCUGCUCCAGGACCAGGAGUAUCCCACAGAGAUGUCUAGCUACAACUGUCAGUCUCCACGAGGAGUGCCAGUAUUUCUGAGGCAGGGGUCUGAACACCAGAUGUCCCAUGAUAUUCUCCCCUGCCAACCACGGCUUCAUUUAGAAAGCUCACCUGUAGGUUCUCCUACUCGUUAAGUGUACUCAGAAGCAAAUGCUUCCUAGAGAAAACUCUUCCCCCUUGCUCAGCUAAACUUUCCAUUUGACAACAGAACCUAUACCACUAGUGGCUUUUUUACAGUUCAUGUUUGCCUUUGAAGGAGACAUGGUAAAACAGCUUUCUCCAGGCAGCCUUCAGGGAAAAGGCACACACAGGUUAUCUCACUCCCCAACAGCCACCCAGAGCAGCACCCAAUGGCUACCAGUGCAGCAGAGCCCACCCCACCUGAAAUUCUAGAAGCAAUUCUGUGCAAGGCCCAAAUCAGGGCACUUGUGGAAUCUUUGGCCCAAAUGAGGUUAGUAUCCUUCCUGAGAGCUGAUGGGAAUUUCCUAGGACAUACACGUCUAAAUUGUGGAAUUUGCAGGGGAUACCUGGAAAAAUACCAGGUCUUAGCUCUUUAGUGGAAAUGGCAGGAGAAAACUAGAGACUUGUUCAGUAAAUGUUUUUCUGUUUUAGAACCCAAACUGUUGUAUGAUAUGACCUUUUUAUUCCAUCUUUAGACCAAGCAUUAGCACUCUGGGUUUACCCACCCAGACCUCAGGCCUGUGGCCAAGGCAUGGGUCAGGGAAUACCCUUGCAGCUUCACAGGCAUGGUGACCCAGACCACAGGCACACCAGUGCUGGGGGCUAGAUUGUGCUCUGGUGGUCUCUUCUCAGCUCCUUGGGCCUGGGCAGCCUGGAGAGUCUGUAUCUGGGCCUGCUAUGCACUGCUCCCUCCGUCCAUGUCCCUCCCUUGGCCCUGUUGAUGCAAGCACAGGCAGGGUGGCAGUAUUAAGUCCCUCCUGGUGACAGCCUGUCUUCCAAGAGUACCCUGGUAACUUGUCUCUCGACAGGUCGUAGCUAGGAAGGGGGCACUUUAGUAUGCAGUUUAGCCCUCUGGGCGUUAUUCACUAGAUAUUAUAACUCUUUCAAAAAAAAGUUUAUGAAAUACUGAGCUUCAGAUUUCAUAAACGUAUUUGUAAACUAAGAAUUCUGCAGCAGAAUAUUUUUAAACAUUCGCAGUUUUUUUGUAAGCUAUAUUUUUGUAUAUUUAAUUGCUAUUUUAAAAUUUUACUGUUUUUGCUAAUCACUUGUUUAAAAACAAAACAUGCAUGUAAAUUGAGUCAACACAUGUAAAUAAAAAGCUGAUUUUGAAGAUA